UUUUGUGUUCAGUGUAUAUGUUUUAUGCUGCACAGGAUUAAUGUCAUUCGCUUGACAACGUUCAUGCCCUCUCCAGACUCACGCGCGAAGCCGCGACCCAUGAGUGUGGAUCCAUUCGCGUAUUCUUCGCGGCUUCACGUCGCGUUCGCGCUUUGUUCCCGUUUGUUGUCGGUUUUUUGUCCCGCGACAAAGGGUUCGCAAGGCGCGAACAUAUCGUGAACAUUCGCUGGCGGCUCAGAUGCCUCAGCGAGUGCCGGGAAUGGUUGAGUUUUUACCACUUCUUUUCAAUUGCUCCAGAUUUACUUAUAUAUGGGUAAUUAUAAAUUGCCAAAGCGCAAAGUAGCCCUGCAGCAGCAUUAGCAGUUUCACCAACCAUUCUCGUCAAGAGCGCGAACUGUACUGUGAAGCAGGGGCGAACAUCUGCGAGUGUGGAACUGUAGGAACAGUUUUCGGGUUUCGGGAUUCGCACCGCGAUCCGCGCUGAGAUUUCACGCCGUGAUUCGCGCGUGAGUCUGGAGAGGGUAUUAGACAUUUCAGUCACAUUCUGUCAAAUUCAGUGUGUUGUGUGGUGUUGUUUUGUGUGUCAAAUCAAAAAUCGUGUGCUCUGUGCUGUUAAAUUUCAAAAUCUAGCACUUUACAAACUUGAUUUUUUAAACUCGAGCAAAUUUGAGGGAAACUCUCCAAAGAAAUGAGUGGCGACGAAAGCAAAAUGGACCAGUUCGAUGCUUUGUUUCUCUCUAUAGCCGAACAUCAUCCCCAAGGCGCUCCACAGUUGCUGGACACGUUUGUGAACUUUCUGAGUCGCAAGACAGACUUCUUUACUGGAGGCAAGGAGGGGAUCUGGGAAAAAUUGGUUAUGAGCACAUUCAAAAAGUACGAAAAAAUCGCCCGAGAACAACAUGAGAUUGAACUGAGAGAACGGGAGGCCCGUGCAAAACCGAAAAAGGUAGCCAAGGAACCGGUGAAACCAGCAGAGAUAACAGAAUUAACAGACGCUGAGGCUGAGAAGCUACAAACAGAAAUAGAUAAUGAGAAGAAUGGAAUAACCACACCUGCCUUUCCUGACCCAAAGUCAAAGACAAUAGAGGAUGAUGAAGACGAAUCAGAAAAAGGGAAAUUACUACCAAACAAAGGAAAUGGCUGUGAUCUGGACAAAUACAAGUGGACCCAAACUUUGAGUGAUGUUGAGAUUCGUGUACCGCUCAAUAUUAAUUUUAGAGCUAAGCAGAAAGAUCUAGUGGUGAAUCUCACAAAGAAACAUAUUACAUGCGGUGUAAAGGGACAAACUCCAAUCAUAGAUGACGACUUCCCUUAUGAAAUCAAAUUGGAAGAAUCGACAUGGGUGAUAGAAGAUGGUAAAAUACUUCUAUUCAAUUUAGAAAAAGUUAACAAAAUGAACUGGUGGAACAAAUUGGUAGUCUCGGAUCCAGAAAUCAGUACUAGGAAAAUUAAUCCUGAACCAUCAAAGCUCAGCGAUUUAGAUGGAGAGACCAGAGGUAUGGUAGAGAAGAUGAUGUAUGAUCAAAGACAAAAAGAAAUGGGGUUACCCACUAGCGAAGAACAGAAAAAACAAGAAGUGCUGAAGAAAUUUAUGGAGCAACAUCCUGAGAUGGAUUUCAGCAAAUGCAAGUUCAACUAGGUUGUUCACGUUCACAUGUUUGAUGCUUUGACUUUUUAUUUUCCUAAAAGUCUAUUCUCACUGUAAUCGUUAAUUUCCACGAAAUGAUAAAUAAAUCAUCAAUAUAAAGUUUUUGCUGUUUCUGAUGGUAACGUAAAGAAGAUAAUCGACAAUUUAUGAUCUCAGUUUCCUUGGAUUAUUAGAGCACUUGAUUUGAUGUGAUUGAUUCAUACAGGGUGGCCCGUUUGAAGUAGUCCAAAUUUGUUUUUGGAUAAAAGAGGUCCUUACAGUCUGGGAGCUAGAAUGUUUUGCAUUUUUUCAAAUAUUCGUGACUCCGGUCAAACGAAUUCGAUUUGUUUGAAAACUAUACCACGGCAUUUGUGUUUUGUAUUCAUCUUUUAUUAUGGUUUAUUUAUUUUUCCCUAAAAGAAAACCGGCAUUUCAAAAAUAUCUGCCUUGGAUUAGGAUACAUUUUGUUUUAAAAGCAUUCAAUUUUAGUUUAUUUACAUUUAACCAAUUAAUGAUUUUUGCCAUGUCAUAAUUCUUUAAAGCAGUGUCUAUACAGGGUGUCUGCAAAGUUGGGGUUUUCCUUUUCAGACACAACUACGCUUGAUAUAACAAAGCUAGUCUGGUGAAACGUGAGGAAACAAGUAAAAAAAAAUAAAUGAAAAAGUACUGACUGCUCAGUUGAAUUGAAAUUCCAAGUAUGACUCUGUCUUAAAAUCAUAGGAGCACAUGUGCAAAAAUAACAAAAAAGAGAUGGAACAUAUGACUUCAGUGUCACUUUUUCUUGGUGAACGUAUUUUGAAAGUACUGUUCGAAGUUGUCGCCGAUGGAUUCAAAAACACAUAUGCGUGCUCGACGUAGCCCAGCCUCGGUCGCAUUUUGAAGACACUCACCGUAAAUUAACAGAAAAUCCGCUAAUUUUCUCAAGAUUUACACAUCGUCUAAAGGAAAACUCAAACUUUGCGGUAUUUUCAUCUGAUAUGUAUAUUAAUGUAUCAUCUGCAAAUAUCUAAAUUUUACAAUAAUCUAAAAUAUUACAAAUGUCAUUAAUGUAUAAAAUAAGUAGUAGUGGACCUAAUUUACUAUCAUGUGGUACAUCAACAGAAAUAUUUUUUGUGAUUGAUAAUGUAGAUCCAAUUUUGGUUUUUUGACUUCUGUCAAUUAAAUAGUUUUGUAGAAUUUUGAAUUCAGACCCUUUAAAUCCAUAGUGAUGCAAUUUUGUAAGCAAGCCCUGUCAGUAGUUUCAAACGCCCCUUUGAAGUUCAAAAACACUGUCAUUGUAUGUUUCCUGUUCUCCAUACAUCUCCUCCAGUCGUCUAUAACCACUUGUAUUGCCGUUUCAGUUGAGUAUUUCUUCCUGAACCCAGCUUGAGAUUUGGUGAAAAUUCCUUUUCCUUCGGUAAAUUUUAUGAUCUGUUAUUAAGUAAUUUCUUUCAUUUCAACAUCUGGCAGAACAUUUCUUGGCCGCAAAUUGGUGUACAAUCAGAAUUCUUAACUUUCGAAACACGAGUACACUUCAUUUUUGUUGGAAAUUCGGCAUAUUUUUAAAUAGGUGUCUGCAUUUAUUGUAAAUCAACACUGCUUAGGGGCAAUUUUAAAUGCGCUCUAUAAUGUGGCUACACACAUUAAAGUAGUAUUUAGACUCUCUCUUUCAAAGCAGGAGUUCGUUUUUUUUUUAAAUUAAUGUUGCGACUGUUUGUUCCUGUUCAUUGGCUCAGCUACACUUAUCUAAAUUUUUGGAGUUGUUACUGUAGUUCAAUCAUUUUGAUUUUUGCUCAGUUUAUUCCUAGACUCUGGGAUAGUUUUUAAUAUAAUAUGAAAGCCUCUGCUCCAGAAAUUUUCUCAGCAGCUAUUUUUGAAAAGCUUUUUCUUUUAGGUAAAAGUAAUCCAUAAUAAAAUCUACAAUAAUAACAGAAGAUAAAUACAAAACACUAAUGCCAUAAUCGACAUCACUGCUACAUCAAUACUUCAAAUUUCAUUUUAUUCGGUGUUAUAGUUUUUAAAGAAAUCGAAUUUUUGUGAAUGAAAUCACGGAUAUUCGAAAAAAGCAAAAACAAAACAAUUCUAUCGCCUGGACUAUUAAUUUUAGAGGCAGAACAAGUUGUUAUUCUUUCUUUUGUAAAAAAAUUGGACCACUGUAAAUGGACCAACUCUCAUAGUAUCCUGCCAUUUUUUUAAUUAUGCAAAUUAAGUUAGUAGAAGGAAUUUAUAUCACAUAUGAAUUGAUUAAUAAAAUUUCCUGAAUGAGAU